AUGUCCCAUUUCAUGUCUCCACAGUCUCAUCCUUCUAGUCUUUGGUCUUCUGGCCAAGGUGGGGCUGCUCCAAGUUCGUCCCUUCACCUCUCUAGUCCUAUAGAGACAGCGAUGGUGGCCUCUGGUGAACUAGGCCCACUAAGCCAGAAAGCUGAGCAGGUGACCCCUGCUGCCCAAGCCUGGGGACCAGUCCUGACAAUGCCAGAAGCCAGGGGCUGCCCUGGGGGGGCUAGCUGGGAGCCACUUCAGCUGAAGGAGUCUGGCCAAUACCGUCACCAGUUGCCCCCCGGGUGGCAGCUAGAGCCCCUGGGCCGGGAGGAUGCUUGCUCCAGAAGCAGAGGUUCUCAUCGGGGAGCCCCUCACAGGACUGGACCCCUGCUGCUGUGUGGAGUGUCCCCGGGGUUGCUGCCGAUGGCCUCUGAGGCUAGCCCGAAGCCUGACAUCUGCAUCCUUACCCUGGCCAUGAUGAUCGCUGGCAUCCCCACCGUGCCCGUCCCAGGUCUGCGGGAAGAGGACCUGAUCCGGGCGGCUCAAGCUUUCAUGAUGGCCCAUCCCGAGCCCGAGGGGGCUAUGGAGGGGGCACAAGCUUGGGAGCAGGAGUGUGCGCACCCUGCCCCUGGGCAGAUGUCCCUAGUGAGGCCCAGGAGAGGCCAAGCUCCUGGUUCCUACUUGUAG